CAUUUGUAUGUGAGGAUUGUGGGCACAACUUUAGCUGCAAGUCUGAUUUAAAGAGACACAUGAAUGCCCACACAGAACAGAAACCAUUUGUGUGUAAGGACUGUGGGCAAAGAUUUACCCGGAAAUCAACUUUAAACACACAUAUUAGAGUCCACACAGGAAAGAAACCAUUUAUGUGUGUGUGCUGUGGACAAAGAUUCAGGCAGAGCUCUACUUUAAACCAACACAUGAGAAUACACACAGGAGAGAAACCUUUUGUUUGUGAAGACUGUGGACAAAGAUUUAGCCAGAAGGCAGAUUUAAAUCGACACAUCAGAGUCCACACAGGACAGAAACCAUUUGUAUGUGAAGACUGUGGACACAAAUUUAGCUUGAAGACAAAUUUAAUCAAACACAAGAGGGUUCACACUGGAGAGAAGCCAUUUGAAUGUGAGGACUGUGGACAAAGAUUCCGCCAGAUGUCUCACUUAAACUUCCACAAACACAUGAGCGUCCACACAGGACAAAAACCUUUUGUAUGUGAGGACUGUGGACACAAAUUUAGCUUGAAGUCAAGUUUAAAGAGACACAUGAAAGUCCACACUGGAGAGAAGCCAUUUGAAUGCAACCUUUGUGGACAAAAUUUUAGCGAGAAGUCGUCUUUAAACAGACACACGAGAGUCCACAUGGGACAUAAACCUUUUGUAUGUGAGGACUGUGGACAAAGAUUUAGUGUGAAUUCUCUUUUAAACACACACAUGGUAGUUCACACAGGACAGAAACCUUUUGUAUGCAAGGACUGCGGUAAAAUAUUUAGCCGGAAGAGUAAUUUAAACACACACAUGAGUGUCCACACAGGACAGAAGCCAUUUGUGUGUGAGGACUGUGGAAAAAGAUUCAGCAACAUCUCUAAUUUAAACCAACACAUGAGAGUCCACACAGGAGAGAAACCUUUUGUAUGCGAAGACUGUGGACAUGGAUUUAGCCUGAAGAGAAAUUUAACCAGACACAAAAAAGUACAUGGGAAAUAA